CAAAAAAAAAAAAAUCGAUCUCGUCGUCUUUCCAAUUUUCUCUGAGAAGGAAUUCGGAGAAAGAGAUUAUUAACAAUGGCGGCAGUUCAACAGCAACAAGCGAUGCAGAAGAACACUUUAUACGUAGGAGGUUUAGCUGAUGAGGUUAACGAAUCGAUCCUUCACGCUGCGUUUAUACCUUUCGGCGAUAUCAAAGACGUGAAGACGCCGUUGGACCAAGCGAAUCAGAAGCACAGAUCCUUCGGAUUCGUCACGUUUCUUGAAAGAGAAGACGCUUCUGCAGCCAUGGAUAAUAUGGAUGGUGCUGAGCUUUAUGGUCGUGUUCUCACUGUUAAUUAUGCUCUCCCUGAGAAAAUCAAGGGUGGUGAACAGGGUUGGGCUGCUCAUCCACUUUGGGCAGAUGCAGACACGUGGUUUGAGAGGCAGCAACAGGAAAAGGAAAUGCUGAAGAUGCAAGCUGAGAACAAGGCUGCCAUGGAGACUGCUGAGGAGCUUCACAGGAAGAAAUUGGCGCAAGAUCGACAAGGCGAGAUGGAGGAAGAUACAGAGACCAAAGAUGAUCCUAUGGCCAGAGCAGAGGCUGAUGCUCUAAGUCACAGCGAUGCCUAAUGAAAGUAAGAAUUACCGGUUUCUCUCAUGCACUGUAGGCUGUAGGAUAACAAGUAUGUUUUCGCCUGAGUGUGUAACACUGUCACUAUCACCUCAUAGAGUUUUUGAGGUUAGAUUGUUUCUUGAAGUUGCUGAACAUGUUAUUGUUAUAGUUAAUAGAUUUGGUAGUUUGGUGAAA